AUGGCCAACAGGACAAUUGAUUCUUUUUUCAAGAAAAGACGUCUAGAACCAAGUGGAAGUGGUGAAAUUCCUUGUCCUCUUCGUGAUUCUUCUCCUAAGCAUCAAACAAAGAAAUUUUGUAGAGCUGAAUCAUUAGAGUUUGAUAUUUCAUCCAUAGAACGUGAUCCUGGAAAGAGAAAAUCCAUUUGGGAAUAUCUAGAGCAUCAAAGGGAUGAGGUACGGAGAGCAUAUAUUAAGUUUGGGCCAUACCAACCUAAGCUUCCGAUUGAAUCAAUGGUUGUUGACAAGAAGGGCCGACGUUUCCUUUUCUCUUGGUAUAAAUUGUUUCCAGAUUGGUUGGAAUUUUCUCCAACAAAGAAUGCUGCCUUUUGUCUUCCUUGCUCACUUUUUUCCAAGCCAACGGACCGUUUUGGAUCAAUGGCCUUCACAACUAGUGGAUUUAGAUCAUGGAAGAAGGUAAAUGAUGGAAAAAAUUAUGCUUUUUUAAAUCACAUUGGAAAAGAUCCUAACUCAUCACACAAAGUGGCAAUGCAAUGCUAUCAUGAUUUGGGAAACUCAUUGCAACAUCUUGAUAAAAUUAUUGAGAAGCAAAAUUCUGAGCAGGUUGCAAAAAAUCGGUUGCAACUUCAAGUUUCCAUAGAUGCUGCAAAAUGGUGUGCAUUUCAAGCGGUGGCUUUUAGGGUGGCUGCUGUGGUUCUUGAUAAUGCUCCUCGAAAUGCAUCUUAUACUUCUCCUACGAUCCAAAAGGAGAUAUUGUCCAUUUGGUCAAUCAAGAUACAAAAGCAUAUUCGAGAGGAAAUUAAUGAUUCAAAAUUUUCUAUACUUGUUGAUGAGGCUCAAGAUAGAUCAAAAAGAGAGCAAAUGGCUAUUGUUCUUAGAUUUGUGGACAAGCAAGGCUAUAUUCGAGAGAGAUUUUUUGACAUUGUUCAUGUGCACGAAACCAAUUCCUUGACUUUGAAGAAGGAGAUAUGUGAUGUCCUUUCUCGCCAUAAUCUUAGUGUGCAAAACAUUCGUGGCCAAGGAUAUGAUGGAGCUAGUAACAUGCGUGGAGAAUGGAAUGGACUACAAGCAUUAUUUAUUCAGGAGUGCCCCUAUGCAUAUUAA